AGCCAGAGGAGCAUCAGAAUGGGUUGAGCCUCACCUACAGUAAAACCUGCAUCCCUGACAGGCAGAGCAGAGCGGCCUGACAACUUCUACGUUGAAGAUGAGGAUGAGCAAAGAAGUGGAUUAUGAUCGAGACUGGGAGAUGUGGAAAGUAGUGAGAGCUGUUGUCUGACCUCCAUGUGGUUGAACUAGCAAACUCCAGAGUUUGUGGGGACUUUUUUUAAUUUUGAGACCAUGGGGGGGACACAGGGAUCUGUGCUUUUUUUCGGUUUGUUGGUGAUCAUAUCCAGAAGUUUGGCCAAUGAGGUUCCGACCCUUGAAACCUCACACAGCACCACUAAUGCAACGUCCAGCAGCUCUGGCCACGAAACGGCCGUCAUCAGCACGCUGCCCAUUGUGUCCUGGAAGUGGCACCACGUCUCCGAGCCGUACCUGGUGGCGUUGUGGAUCCUGGUCUGUUGGCUAUGCAAACUGGUCAUCGAGGCCAACCACCAUGUGACCAACAUCAUCCCAGAGAGCGCCCUGCUCAUCUGCGCCGGCUUCAUCCUGGGGGGCAUAAUCUGGGGGGCAGACUUGCAACAGACCUUCAAACUCACCCCGACAGUUUUCUUCUUUUACCUGCUGCCUCCGAUCAUCCUGGACUCGGGUUACCACAUGCCCAACAAGCUCUUCUUCACCAACUUGGGGGCCAUCCUGGUCUACGCCGUCAUCGGGACCUGCUGGAAUGCUGCCAGCUUGGGACUGUCGCUGUGGGGGUGUCACAAAGGAGGAGCCAUGGGAGAACUGGACAUCGGCCUGCUACAGUACCUACUGUUUGGCAGCCUGAUCGCUGCUGUGGAUCCUGUCGCCGUCCUCGCUGUGUUUGAGCAAGUCCACGUCAACGAAGUGCUCUUCAUCCUGGUGUUUGGAGAGUCGCUGCUCAACGAUGGAGUCACAGUGGUGCUCUUCAACGUGUUUGAUGCGUUCGUAACUUUGGGAGGAGCACAGAUCGACGCUGUGGAGAUCAUUAAAGGAAUAAUUUCAUUCUUUGUGGUUGCCUUUGGCGGUUCCCUCUUGGGUUUUGUGUUCGGCCUGCUGAUGUGCUUUCUGACCAGAUGCACUAAAAACAUCCAGAUAAUCGAGCCCGGCUUCAUCUUUGUGGUGGGAUACCUGUCCUACCUGACGGCUGAGAUGCUCUCCCUUUCCGCCAUCCUUUCGUGUGUGUUCUGUGGGGUGUGCUGUCAGAAGUACAUCAACGCAAACAUGAACGAGAACUCAGUCAAAACCGUCAAAUACGCCAUGAAGGUUUUCGCCAACGGCUCGGAGACCAUGAUCUUCGUUUUCCUCGGCAUCUCCGCCAUCGAUAAGACCAUCUGGGUGUGGAACACGGGCUUCAUCCUGCUCACGCUGCUCUUCAUCUUCAUAUACAGAUUCAUUGGUGUUUUUAUCCAGACUUGGAUAUUGAACAGGUUCCGGCUGGUCCCUCUGGAGUUCAUUGAUCAGCUGAUCAUGGGCUUUGGCGGCCUCCGAGGGGCCGUGGCAUACGGCCUGGCGGUGAUGAUGGACGAGAAUAAGAUAAAGGAGAAGAACCUGAUGGUCAGCACGACUCUCAUCGUGGUCUUCUUCACCGUCAUCGUUCAGGGAAUUAUCAUGAAGCCACUUGUCAAGUGGCUGAAAGUGAAGAAAGCUACAGAGUCUGAGCUCACACUCAUCGAGAAAGUGCAGAACCGGGUCUUUGACCACAUGCUGGUCGCUAUUGAAGACAUUUCUGGACAAAUCGGACACAAUUACAUGAGAGACAAGUGGAAGAACUUUGAGGAGAAGUGGAUGAUGUGGUUACUGAUGAAGCCUUCAGCCAGGAAGAAGCAAGACCACGUCUUCAAUGUCUUCCAUCAGCUGAACCUGAAGGACGCGGUUGAAUAUGUGUCUGAGGGCGAGAGCAGAGGCUCUCUGGAGUUCAUACGCAACGACAGCGCCAUCAUUGACUUCAAGAAGAAGCUUGGGGAGGACAUCUUUGACACCAUGCCCGAUGUCACUGCUGACACGUCGUUUGAUCACGGCAUUGUGUUGCCUGACAGGAGAGACCCGGUGCCCUCUGUGAGUCUGGAAAUGCACGAGCAGACCAUGAACGGACUAAGAGAAAUGGAAGACCUCAACUCCCACCAUCUCCUGCAGGAGCACCUCUACAAGGGCAGGAAGCAGCACCGACACAAGUUCAGCCGCAACCAUCUCACCAUCAACACAGAUGAAGACGAAGUGCAGGAGAUCUUCCAGAGGACCAUGAGGAGACGCCUAGAGUCCUUCAAGUCGGCAAAGAUGGGCAUGGGCCCGCCCAAGAUCAUUUCAAAACACACAAAGAAGGAGCAGCAGAAGGCGCCAAAUGGAAUGAAAAGAAACUCUGGAGAUGAAGAUUUCGAGUUCUCAGAGGCGGACAGCGCGUCCGGCUACGACCCCUCCUACAGCUACAGAUCUGGAGGCGGGAUCGAGAACCCGGCCUUCAUGGCGGACCUGGAUCCCGUGGUGCCGGUGCAGAUCCCCCCCUGGCUAGCGGAGGCAGAGCUAUACAGUGGGGCCGUGUCUCCGUCGCAGCGGGCUCAAGCAAGGCCCCCGCUGUCGGCAGGUGACCUGCGGCGCCUGGCCCCCCUCCGCAUCAGCACCCGCUCCACCGACUCCUUCAUGAUGGCGGACAUCCCUGCUGCCGAGCAGCGCCGGGACAGCUUCGACCUGCCGCCGCCCCCUCCUCCUCCUCCCUCUAAAGAUGGACGUCACCAGUAGCAGGACACAGAGACAACCCCCCCCCCCCAGUUUUGUAACUAGAAUCAUCUGUAUGACCGUGAUUGCUGUUGAGUGUCCUAUUGCUAAAGUCUGUAUUUAUUCUUGCUGCUUUGCUGCUUUUGGAAAUAAACGAGGAGUUUCGACCUC